ACAACAUGAGAAAUUGUACUAAAGGGUCGCAGCAUUAGGAAGGUUGAGAACCACCGGCCUAGGCUGCUCUUGAACUCACUACGUAUACAAUGAUAACCUUGGACUUCUCAUCCUCCUGGCUCCAUUUCCAAGUGGUUUGUAUUACAGGAAUGCACCACUAUGCCCAAUUUAUGCUGCAGCCCAGGGCUUUGUGAUGCAGGCAAGGCCUGAGUCACAGCCCCAGUAUGCUCUCGCCUCUACCGUUUGUUCAUUUGUUUUUUAUUAGAAGCAAGGUUCCAUUCUGACCCAGACUGACUUGAGAUUCAUUCCGUAGCGGCAGUCCUCUUACUUUAGCUUCCUGAGUGCUGGGAUUACAAAUGUGACCCACCACUCCUGGCUCCUUUUGAGGCUACCCUUGAAAUUCCGAUUCUUUGGCCUCUACCUCCAAGUGCUGGGAUAAUAGAUGUGCGCCACUACGUUUGGUUCUGAUCUUCAUUUUGGAAAACACCCUCUGCUUUGCUGUGUGGUGAACUUACUACAGGUCAGGAGGGCGGAAGCCGAGAGACAGAGGAGGUGACAGGUCCAGAAUGUGUCUCAGUCCAUGGAGGUCCUUGAGUUAAGGACAUAUCGAGAUCUCCAGUAUGUUCGCAGCAUGGAGACGCUCAUGCGGAGCCUGGAUGCAAGGCUCAGGGCAGCUGAUGGGUCAGUCUCAGCCAAAAGCUUCCAGGAACUGAAAGACAGGAUGACAGAGCUGCUGCCCUUGAGCUCGGUGCUGGAGCAGUAUAAGGCAGACACGCGGACCAUUGUGCGCCUGCGGGAGGAAGUGAGGAACCUUUCUGGCAAUCUGGCUGCCAUCCAGGAGGAAAUGGGAGCCUAUGGGUACGAGGACCUGCAGCAACGCGUCAUGGCCCUGGAGGCACGACUCCAUGCCUGCGCGCAGAAGCUGGGCUGUGGGAAGCUGACAGGGGUCAGUAACCCCAUUACCAUUCGGGCCAUGGGGUCCCGAUUCGGCUCCUGGAUGACUGACACAAUGGCCCCCAGUGCAGACAGCCGGGUCUGGUACAUGGAUGGCUAUUACAAAGGCCGCCGGGUGCUGGAGUUCCGUACUCUGGGAGACUUCAUCAAAGGCCAGAACUUCAUCCAGCACCUGCUGCCGCAGCCGUGGGCAGGUACGGGCCAUGUGGUGUACAACGGAUCUCUGUUCUACAACAAGUACCAGAGCAAUGUGGUGGUCAAGUACCACUUCCGGUCGCGCUCCGUAUUGGUGCAGAGGAGCCUCCCUGGGGCUGGCUACAACAACACCUUCCCCUAUUCCUGGGGUGGCUUCUCGGACAUGGACUUCAUGGUAGACGAGAGCGGGCUGUGGGCUGUGUACACUACCAACCAGAAUGCGGGCAACAUCGUUGUCAGUCGGCUGGACCCUCACACCCUGGAGGUCGUGAGGUCCUGGGACACCGGGUACCCCAAGCGCAGUGCCGGGGAGGCCUUCAUGAUCUGCGGCGUCCUCUAUGUGACCAACUCUCACCUGGCCGGAGCCAAGGUCUACUUUGCAUACUUCACCAACACGUCCAGCUACGAGUACACGGAUGUGCCCUUCCACAACCAGUACUCGCACAUCUCCAUGCUGGAUUACAACCCCAGGGAGCGGGCCCUGUAUACCUGGAACAACGGGCACCAGGUGCUGUACAACGUCACCCUCUUCCACGUCAUCAGCACUGCCGGGGACCCCUAGGCGUCCCUGCAAAGGCUGUGGGGAUCCUUUCCACAUUGCCUGUGACCCCCUCAACCUUCUCUUGGCCAUGCCCUUCCCUUCCUAAAUUCCUUCUCUCCACCUUCCCAGUCCAGCUUUCUGUUCUCUAUCUGUGCUUUUUCUCCAUUUUAUUGAUCUUUUGAUACUUCACUUCUGAGUCUUUCUGCCUUUUUAUGGAUGCUUCUCUUCCUUAUGACCAAACCCCUCUCUUCUCCCUCAGCCCACUCUCCAUCCUUCCCUUCCCUCCCUGUUUCCCACACAUUCCUUAUCCCUCACUCCCUCCCUACCUCUGCAUGGAUUUUUUUUUUCUUAAUUUACAUUUUCUUUCCGGGUUGCCAGAAUAAACCGGACCUUUGACAUCUGA